AUGAAGAAGUCUAUUUGCUAUGAUUCAAAGGCCAAGUCACAUGAUCAUGCCAAGAAGAAUAGGAAGCAAAAUUCAAAUAGUACUAAAAGUUGUAAUGUGAUUUCAAAACUAUUUCUCCUUGAAGACUUGAGAUUUCAUAUCCUUUCUUUUGUUCCUCUUAAUUGUCUAAUUAACUCUGCAAUGUAUGUGUGCAAACAUUGGGCUGCUACUAUUGGCAGCUCCCAUUUUGUUGAAGCGUGUGAACGUCGUGCACGUUCUAAACCUGGUCUUUACGUUGAAAAUCGCACAACACGGAACAAAUCAUAUUUCUUGGAAUUUAAAGAUGAUGUGAAUUGCCAAUUUGAAAGGAUUGAUUUAGGAACACCUCAAAGAAUGGGAGGUGUGAUAAGUACUUGUGAUGGCAUAUUGUUGUUGUUUUCGAGCAUUUUUAAAGAACUUUUCAUCGUGAACCCCGUCCUCAAAUGUUGGCUUAGAAUUCCUUUUUCUACCAUUUUUCAGCACUAUGAUGAAUUUAGCCUUAGAAGUCGAUGUACUAUAACACGUGUUCCUCGCACUGCCAAAUUUAAGCUUUUCCUUUUUGAUGUCAUUGAGGUUUCGAGUGUUUCUUGGUAUGUUUUCUAUGUGCUAAGAAUUGGAAUAGAUAACUCAUGGAAAGAGAUAGCUAGAAAAGAAGUUGGCUCUAACAUUCUUUUGUUGCAACAAAUUUAUAGUGGAGGCAAUGAUCUUUACUGGGCAACAAAUAAAGAAGUGAUUGUGAUGGAUAUUGACAAAGAAAGUAUUACACGAGAAUAUUCAUUUUCCCUUUUGCCUUUGACAUUUUUAAUGAUGGGAAAUCGUAUUUCUUGCAUUGUGUAUAAAGAUGGAACACAUACAACAUAUCAAAUCUACAUUUUGGAUUUUCAUUCAGGAAAAUGGUCUCUUUAUCAUGAGAUGGAACCUUUUAAUCAUGUGAUUACUUCGUUCGGGGUCUUUUGUUUGUGGAUCAACGAUCAAAUUAUCUUUCGAAUAGCUCUACGUUCACAAGAAAAUAUGUCUGGAAACAUUAAAAAAAUACAUUAUGGUUACGAUGUAAAGACCCGAAAGUUGACAAAGAUUGAAGACAUUGAUGUGGGCAAUUUUGACGUAUGGCUUCACACUAAUACUCUUGCUUCAUUGCCAAGUACUCCAACAUAG